AAGGUGAAACACAUGGUUUUUUUAUUGAUGUAUCCACAUCUUAAAAAACGUGGGAGUUGUUUUUUUAUAUACCUUUAAAUUACUAACACAUAUUAAUUAAUCCAGCCAUUUAUUGUACAUAUAAUUUGAAUAUUAUUUCAUAAUAAUAUUGAAGUAAUUCUUCCUUGAGUUUCUACAUACAUCAGACUCUCUCGAAAAUAUAAUUAUGCCUCGCACGAAGAGAACUAGAGCAAAAAGUGACGAUUUGUCAAGCGAAAAAGAAUUCAAACGGUCGAAUUCAAAUGUCAUAGAUUAUAUGACACAAAUACAAACGACUUUGGGAAUUAAAAAUGCAGGCACAGAGGAACAUAAAUCUGCCAUCCUUGAACCUGUUUCUGAUACGAAAGCAAGAGAAGAUACAAUUGAACAUACUUCUAAUACAGAAGAAAAUGGAGCUACAGUGGGACACACGUCUACAAUAUCUGUAUUUAUCUCUGAUAGAUUGUUAUCAAUUGAACAAGAGCUUUGUACCAAAUUGCUAGAUAUCACUUUUCCACCAUCCAUACAGUAUAUUUAUAAUCCGCUCGAAUAUGCAUCUGAAACACAUGCCAUGUAUGUACGCAAGUAUUGUACUGGCACAAAAAAGAUCUUGUUUGUUGGUAUGAAUCCUGGACCAUGGGGCAUGUCGCAAACCGGUGUGCCAUUUGGAGAAAUAAAUAUGGUUCGCGAUUGGCUCAAAAUCUCUGGUCCUGUUAAUAAACCCUCCAAAGAACAUCCCGACCGAAAGGUGAUAGGAUUUCAAUGUACACGCAGCGAAGUUAGUGGACUAAGGUUGUGGAGCCUCUUUCGAGAUCUGUGUGAAAUUCCUGAGAACUUCUUCCGAUAUGCAUACAUGCACAAUUAUUGCCCACUGGCAUUCAUGGAUGACAAAGCUCGAAACAUCACACCGGCAGAAAUAAAGGGUGAAGGACAAAGGAUUUUACAUGAGGCUUGUGACAAAUCCCUAAUAGAUAUAAUACAACUUCUGAAAGUAGAGAUUGUUGUUGGCAUUGGCAACUACGCUGAAAAAAGAGCACAGAUUGCAGCCCAAACAGGAGGCCUUUCAGUACAGGUGAUGGUUCUUCGACAUCCCAGCCCAAGAGCUGUAGGCAAUCAAAAUUGGAAUGAAACUGCUAAGCAACGGCUAAACGAAUUAGAAUUACUUAAAUAUUUCGACAAAACAAAUACUACUGUCUAAUUUUUCUUUUGCGUAAGAUACUAUUUUUGAAGAUAUAAA